AUGCAGGGACAGCUGCUCCAAACAACCUUGGCAUACAUCCUCUUGCAACCAGUACGGGCAAACAAGUGGCCUGAUCAAGCAAUCAUCUCAAUGGAUUACGAGAUCGCGAAGCAGACGGAGGAAUACGCCGUCACCGGCACCAUCAGGGCGGGGGGCGAUCGAGAGACUCGAAAACGAGAUCAGUACAAUUCUGAUCCAGCACAGCCCGACACCCGCCUCGAUGUCGCAUAUAAAGCCAUCCCGCCACCGCGUCCACCCCGAUCUCCCCUGCCACCAGGCAAGCUCGCAUUCCCACCGUCAACACCGGACAACCCGAGCAAACCCCCGCCGCCAUCAUCAUCAGAACCAACGCGGACAUUAGGCCUGAUUACUGAUGACUACGACGACGAAUCAGAUUUUGACAGUGAUUGGGACUUCAGUCCCAGUUCAAAGCGAAACUACGCAUCUUGGAUUCCUGCAUCGCCGGUACCGCCCCGGGUUGAGAUUCUCGACUUUGACGAGGCGAGCCCACGCCGUCGCGAUUCGGAGAUUGGACCGCUGAGAUCGCCGGGCAUGCAUCACUUUGAGACCUUACCGGCACGGCGGAACAAUCAUAUGGAGGUUAGCUAUGUGGGAGCCAAGGAUCUUUACCACGCGACAGCUACGUCGAUUGCGAACUCUGAGCGCAAGAAAGCCGCGGCAUCAUCCAGGGCCAGCACCGAGUCGGGUCGCGACUCCAUUGUGCCUCCCAAAAACCGACUGAGCUUCGCGACCAAGGUGCUUCAGUCCGGUAGGAAGCGCCCUCCGACGGGCAUCAACACCACGACGCAAUCACAGUCCCCAUCCCCACCGGGUCCCAUGACGGGCUCGGGAAGACUGACGGUGGGCUCGCGUCCAGACAUGCACGCGCACUCGCUGGACGAUGACCGUCUCCGGGUGAAGUACUCGGACGCCAUUUCCCGCGUCUUCAGGUGGAGCGGCGAGCACCGGAGGGCGGUCUCAGAGGGCACAUCACCGGUCGAUGGGCCGGGCGCGGAACCCCGAACCGUGGCGACGCCUACCACCGCGAAGACGGUGUCGUCCAUGUCGUCCUCCGGUACCGGGUCGCCCGUGACGGCGACCAACUCGCCGAACAGGAUGGCCAGGCGUUCGGUGCAAAAUCUCGCAGCCCACGUCAGGAGGACCGCAAGCGUGAUGGUGCAGUCCAAGGAUGAGCGACGGAGGGAGAACCUUAGGCAGAGCAUCCGGGUGAUUCCGGAGGGCAGCGCAACAUGA